AUGCUCCCCCGGGCCGCUCACCUGCUUGGCCUGCAGCUGUCCCUGGCUUGCGGCUGCUGGACUUCAGGCUGUCAGGAGAUGAAAUCUUCUCCUGACUUCAGCCUCCUGGGAGAUUACUUUCUAUCGGGCUUGUUCCCUCUCCAUGAUAACUGUCCAGAGAUAAGACGCAAACCUGAGGUGACCUUAUGUGACAGGCCCAACAGCUUCAACGGCCAUGGCUACCACCUCUUCCAGGCCAUGCGGCUUGCCGUAGAGGAGAUAAACAACUCCACGUCCCUGCUGCCUAACGUCACCCUAGGCUAUGAGCUCUAUGACGUGUGCUCCGAGUCCUCCAAUGUGUACGCCACCCUGCGUAUCCUCACCCUGCGGGGGACACAACACAUAACGCUCCAAGGAAACCUGCCCCAGUACUCCCCCAAGGCAGUGGCCAUGAUCGGGCCGGACACCACGAACCACGCUGCGACCGCCGCGGCCCUGCUGGGCCCCUUCCUGGUGCCCCUGAUCAGCUACGGGGCCAGCAGCGCGAUGCUCAGCGCCAAGCGGCAGUUCCCCUCCUUGCUGCGUACAAUCCCCAGCGACGAGAACCAGGUGGAGACCAUGGUGCUGCUGCUGCAGAGCUUCGGCUGGGUCUGGAUCUCGGUGGUGGGCAGCGACGGCGACUACGGGCAGCUGGGGGUGGAGGCGCUGGAGGAGCAGGCCACCCAGCAGGGCCUCUGCGUCGCCUUCAAGGGCAUCGUGCCGUUCACGGCACAGGCAGGCGACGAGCAGAUGGAGGCCAUGAUGCUGGCCCUGGCGAGGACCACUGUGGUGGUGGUUUUCGCCAGCCGGCGGCUGGCCCGGGUGUUCUUCCAGUCCGUGGUGCUGGCCCAGCUGACCGACAAGGUGUGGGUGGCCUCGGAGGACUGGGCCAUCUCGAGUCACAUUGCCGGGCUGCCGGGCAUCCAGGCCAUUGGCACCGUGGUGGGCGUGGCCAUCCGGCAGAGAACGGUUUGGGGCCUGCAGGCAUUUGAGGAGGCCUACGCCAAGACAGACAAGAGGGUGUCUGGGCCAUGCCCGCAGGGCUCUGGGUGCAGCAGCAACCAGCUCUGUCACAAGUGCUGGGCUUUCACAGAGGACAAGAUGCCCAAGCUGGCCGCCUUCUCCAUGAGUUCCGCCUACAACGUCUACCGGGCUGUGUACGCCGUGGCCCAGGGUCUCCACCGGCUGCUGGGCUGCCCCUCGGGAGCCUGUGCCACGGGCGCUGUCUACCCAUGGCAGCUGCUGGAACAGAUCCAGAGGGACACGCUGCUCUUUAACGACAACGGGGACCCUCUCAGUGGCUAUGACAUAAUUGCCUGGGACUGGAGUGGCCCCGAGUGGACCUUCCGGGUCAUUGGCGCAUCCACGUGGCCUCCAGUCCAGCUGGACAUCAAUAAGACCCAAAUCCAGUGGCCUGGAGGGAAAGGCCAGGUGCCCAAAUCCGAAUGCAGCGAAGACUGUUUGGAAGGGCACCGGCGCGUGGUCAUGGGUGCCCACCACUGUUGCUUCAGGUGUGUGCCCUGUGAGGCUGGGACCUUCCUCAAUGAGAGUGACUUCUACCGCUGCCAGCCAUGUAGGAGAGAAGAAUGGGCGCCCCAGGGAAGCUCAACUUGCCUCCCCCGCACCCUGGUGGUUUUCACCUGGCGCGACCCCAUCUCUUGGGUGCUGUUGGCAGCUAAUACCCUGCUGCUACUGCUGCUGGCUGGGACUGCCGGCCUGUUUGCCUGGCACCUCGAUACCCCUGUGGUGAGGUCAGCAGGGGGCAGUCUGUGCUUUCUCAUGCUGGGCUCACUGGCAGUAGGCAGCUGCAGCCUCUAUUUCUUCUUUGGGGUGCCCUCACUGCUCACCUGCUUGCUGCGUCUGGCGCCCUUCUUCUUUGGGUUCACUGUCUUCCUCUCUUGCCUGACUAGCCGCUCUUUCCAGCUGGUGUUCAUCUUUAAGUUCUCCACCAAGGUCCCCGGGCUCUACCAUGCUUGGGUCCAAAACCACGGGGCUGGCUUCUUUGUGGGGCUCAGUUCAGCAGCUCAGCUGCUCAUCUGUCUAACAUGGCUUGUGGUGUGGACGCCCCUGCCUGCCAGGGAAUACCAGCGUUUCCCGCAGCUGGUGUUGCUGGAGUGUACCAAAGCCAACUCUCUCGGCUUCAUACUGGCUUUUGCCUACAGUGGCCUCCUCUCCAUCUGCGCCUUUGCCUGGAGCUACCUGGGCAAGGACCUCCCAGAGAACUACAAUGAAGCCAAGUGUGUCACCUUCAGCCUGCUCCUCAACUUUGUAUCAUGGAUCACCUACUUCACCUUGGCCAGCAUCUACCAGGGCAAAUAUCUGCCUGCCGUCAAUGUGCUGGCCAUACUGAGCAGCCUGUGCAGCGGCUUCAGCGGCUAUUUCCUCCCCAAGUGCUAUGUGAUCCUUUGCCGCCCAGACCUCAACAACACAGAGCACUUCCAGGCCUCUAUCCAGGACUAUACGAGGCGCUGGGGCUCCACCUGA